AUGCCCCCCCCUUUCCCCACAUCCCCUGCUGUGCACCCCAACAUGCACCCGCUGCCCCCUCCAACCCCCAGGCGCCAGGAGCUGGAGGAGCGGUGCAAAUUCUUUUUGGCCACUGAUGACAUCCUGGAGAGGGAGGGCCUCGAGGUGGAGGCGGGCGGUGUUGAGGAGGAGGUGGCGCGGGCCAAGGCCCAGUUCAUCGAUCAGGGGCUGGGGGAGUUCAAUGAGGAGGGGUUCAGGCUGGAAACUAUGGAGAAGCUGCGAUACCUGGCGGUCAUGGAAUACCUGCAGGGCACGGUCAAAGUCAACACCAUAGCAUGGCGGGGCGGCGCAGGCGCCGGCGAGGGCGGCGAGGGCGCGGCCCGGGAGCCGGCGGCGGCGGGGGCCGGGAGCGGGUGA